UCACUUUUCAUUUGCUGACUGAAGGCUAGACAACUUUUUAUUGAAAAUUCAUACCUGAUUUCUUGUUGUAAAUAUUUAUAGCAAGUUAAUAAUCGCCCAAGUUAUACCGUUGGAUAAAUGAAAUAAAUUACAGAAGAAAAAAUGGACAAAUCCUUAUCUCAUUUUGAAUUGAACGAUAAUAAUUCAAAAAACGGUUCCGAAUCUGGAUCUGAGAAAAGUGAAUCCACCAUAGACAUGUUUGCUUUUGGUGAUACUGAUUCCUCUAAUGGCAGUAAAGGUGACGAGGAUUUCGAUAACAAUUUACCCGAUACUGUUAACCUUAUAGUAGACUCUGCAAAAAAUACUAAAGUGUAUAUUGUGGGUACUGCCCAUUUCAGUAAAGAAUCGCAAGAGGAUGUAGAAAAGGUUAUUCAACAUGUUCAGCCAGAUAUUGUUAUUCUGGAACUUUGUAGUUCUAGAUUGAAUAUAUUGAAUUUAGAUGAGGAAAGUAUUUUAAAAGAAGCUCAAGAAAUCAAUGCUCGAAAGAUUCUAUCCACUAUAAAAUCAAAUGGAGUUUACAAUGGUAUAAUCUAUCUUUUGUUACUGGAUAUGAGCGCACAUAUUACAAAAGAAAUAGGAAUGGCACCAGGUGGAGAAUUUAGGGUGGCCUAUAGGGAGGUAGCAAAGCUUCCAAAAUGCAAAAUUCUUCUUGGGGAUAGACCUAUAAGUAUAACUUUGAAAAGGGCUAUAGCAGGACUUUCCUGGUUCCAGACUUUCAAGUUGAUAUGGCAUCUUAUAAACUCUAAAGAUCCUGUCAGCAAGGAAGAUAUCGAGAAAUGCAAGAAUAGGGACAUGUUAGAGCAAAUUCUGGCAGAGUUUGCAGAACAUUACCCAGAGUUCAAGGAGGUUUUUGUUGCUGAGCGUGAUAUUUUUCUCACAUAUUCCCUACAGAAUGCAGUUGCCAAUUUAAAUGUUGCUCGUAAACCAGAUGCUAAAAAUGAGCCAAAUAAAAUUGUGGCAGUUGUUGGAAUAGGUCACAUGCCAGGUAUUCUUAAACUGUAUCAUAUAGAUCAGAGACCCUUCAUUAAAGAUAUGUUAACUAUUCCCCCUCCCUCCAGGGUAUCCAAAUUCAUAAAAUUAAGCUUCCGGGUCUCACUCUAUGUAGUCGGUGGAUAUAUAGUUUAUCGUUAUGUUCCAGUGCCUAAACUAUUCAAAAAUAAUGUACAUGUUGUAGUACAACAAAUGUUGACUAGUCUCAACCCUAGCAAAAUAAAUUUCAAUUACAACAGGUUCUGAAUGUGAUAUUUUAAAACAAGAAGUGGAAUAGGAUAUUGUUUGAAUUCGAGAUUUUCCUUAUUGAAUUAUGAUAACUUCCAGUACUCCGUGCCAACUACAUUCAUAGUUCAAUGUUUGCAUCAGGGAAAAAAUUCUAUGAUUUCAUAGACUUGUUGGUUUGGAUUGCUGAUACUUCGUUUUGUUCAUUGUUUCCAUAUCAAAAGAGAUUCCAAAAAUUUUAAUAGACCUAAAGAUAUUCUAUUAUGGAUAAAUAUUUUCAGAUAUUUCUGGUACUUACAGCAGGCACAUAUUUAUGGAAAUCACUGUUUUGAUAGUUCCACUUUCCAUUCGCUUUAUAUCCUCAUGUUCGAUGAACUUGCUCUUUUGGGGUUCGAAUUUUUAAUGGCUUCCAAAUUAUGUAUAUGUUUAUAUAUAGAUAUAUAUAUAAAGAAAAAAACGAAAAGUAUAGUCUGGCAUGUCAUUUUUUUCUGCCUAAUUCAUGUAUUUUUUUAUUUGAAUUCAAUAAACUUUCCCAGAAUAUCGAAAUGUCCAAUGAACAGCUGCCCAAUAAUAAAUCAUGAUAUAAGAAAUGAACCAAUAAAAGUACAAGUGCAUAAACAAUCCAUAACAUAACUAUGAAAUCAAUAAAGAAAUCUUAGGUAGUAUAGAAAUGAUUCAUGAGAUAUAAACUAUUGAGGUGAAAUGGUAGCUGCAGUGCAUUGCCAACGAAAUAGAUCAGAGACAAUAAGCUCGAUUCAACUGAAAAAUAUCAUGGCCAAGAAAAAAAAUAUUAAAAUAUUUGCUCAAAAUAUUUGAAUUCAUCUCAUUCUGUUCCACUUUACAAAAAGUUGUUUUUUGUUUAUUCUGUUAUAGUAAUGACACAAGUAUAAAAUGGGUUUGGUUAUUUUUAUGUACUAGAUGUUUUAUUUUACUCAUAUUGUGCUUAUUAGAGAUGACUGAGAAAAUAUAUCUGAAAUCAAAUAUUUUUUCUCUGGUUAUUAUAACAUAUAGAAAGAGUUUAUAAAAAAAUAUAUUUUCUUCUGUUUAAGUAUAUUCUCCUCUGUUAGAUAUAAAAGAUUAAUAUUUGUAUAAAUAUAAAGAUUAGAUAGAUAGAGUAUAUGUUGAAAAAAAAUAUCUGGUUGAACUUUUUGAUAAACUCUUUCUGCAUGAUGGAAAAAAGCCAAAUAUCUGUUUUUCUCUAAAGUCUAAACUGUUUCUGUUGUAUUCAAAUUUUGUAUACGGUUUGACAUGAAAAAUUUUAUUCAUAGACAGUGGGUUAUGUUCUUAGAGAUAUAAAUGUAAGUUGAAAACUUUCAGUUGACGUAUUUUAUCGCCUGUUGUAUAAAAUUUUGAAUAAAUGCACAAGUUUAUAUUUUUUACAUUCCAUUGAUAAUAAAUGAUGAUUGUUUCUCA